AUGGCUCUCUGCAUUCGUCGUCUUGUGGAACGCGAUCGGUUGAAUGCAAAACGACGUGUGCCGAAAAUAGGCCUCAACGCAAUAAAUGGAUCCUACCGUUUCAACAGUCGUGAAGAGAAGCAAAUCCAAAAUGGCACAAUGGUCGACAGGGUUGCAGUCGAAGAGGUCCUCGUGGGCGUUAGCCUGAGGAGACGAUAUUGCUCCGCCUUCGAGGAAGAGGCAAGUUGCAGAGGCCAUUUCUGUCCAGUCUAG